AUGGUGCCGUCGCGGUGCGUGAAAAGCGAGUACAUGAAGUGCUUUAAAGAACCGAAAUGGGAGGCGUGCGGCCCCUGCUACCAGGAGUUACUGCGCUACCGCCUGAGUCGACGCCUCUUAGAACAGGCGCAUCGGCCUUGGUUUUGGGAUGAUUGGGAACAGGACGGCAGCCUGAACGGCAGCGGCAGUUCCCCAUCGUCCCAGGGCACUUCCAGCCCUCCAGUUGUCCGCCAGCCAGAGGAGGAAGCGGCGCGUCCUGCAGGAGAAGCCGAAGUCCCCGGCGGAGAUCUGGGUCUCGACAGGAUCGGCGCGCCUGGAGAGGAUGAGGCUUCCAGUCCGGCGCCGGCGGAGCCCCCCGGCGGACCCGAGAUUGAUGGUCAAGGACAAUCCAAAGGGAAGGCUGUUGUCAAGAAAGAUGAAAGGAAAACUGCAGGAAAAGGAAUCGGCAGUUCAACAAGUUGUCCGCAAAAGCAGCCUUUGAGUCAGAAGAGUGCCUCCGGCAGGCAAGGUGACCGAAGAGGAGCAAAAAGCCCACAAAGGACAGAAACAACAUUGGGAAUAAAACACCCAUUUGCUUUAUAUGGCUGGGGUGAAAAGCAGACUGACACAGGCAGUCAGAAGACACACAACGUCCGGGCAUCUGCUUCAGUAAAUGAAAUACACGAAUCUGCAUUAAGAGCAAAGAACAGAAGACAAGUGGAAAAAAGGAAACUACCACAAAGACGGAUACACACAGCAGAAGUAGAAAGAACAUGGAGAACCAAGCCCUCAGGUCCAGACAAUCCAUGGAUGACAGAAUACAUGAGGUGUUACUCAGCACGAGCUCGGUGAUGGGACUU